AUGUCUACUGACGAAGAAUUACGCUUUAUGGCCGAAGAAGUAAGCGCUGUUUUUACUGAUAAAACAUUAAACGAAAUACUUAUUGAUUUAGCCAGGACGCGUAGCGCUACAGUAACGAUGAACAGAAUACUGGAUGGGGAGUUCUUGAAGGAAACAUCUCUCGAUCCAUCUCUGUGUUUUGGUGGAUCAAGUACAGAUUCGUUGCACCAGCCAAAUAGUACAAACAAUCCGGAAAUUAUUUGCAUCGACGAUGAUGACGAGGAUCAACCGGUCAUUCAUAACGACAAUGCUCGGAUUAAUCAAAGUUAUCUACAAGGGAGCCAUGGUAAUACAAGCUGGAAUCAGAACAAGGCGGAGGAUCUGAUAUCCCAGAUUAGCAACAUAGAAUCUGCUAUUAACGAUGUCCAAGUAAUGGCAACGAGCAGUGUUCAAAGUAUCCCAAGAGAAACUGCUCGAUCAGCCAGAGAAACAAAAAAGUUGAUGAAGGAACGUCAAAAAGAAGAAAAGUUGAUGGAGCGGUUACAACAGAAAGUACAGCGUGAAGCAGAGCGAUUACAACAAAAAGCAGAGCGUGAAGCAGAGCGAUUACAACAGAAAGCAGAGCGUGAAGCAGAGAAGCAGCGAAUAAAAGAGAUGAGAGAAGCCAACAAGACGAAAAAAGACAAACAGGAGAUGACACGUGAAAUGAUUGUCGAGAUGGAGUCCUCUCUUCUUAAUAGCCCAAUCGGUCGACUCAUCAAAAGUAUUCUUAUAGAGAAGCAAGUCACUAUCCAAUCAUUGGAUUGCCCAACUCCUAAUAUAAUUACUUGGAGUAGACGCGUGACCACUCGAUAUGAUCCCAUCAUCGAAGCAUAUACCCCUAUUCUGGAGAAAAUAGAACAAGAGUCUCACGUGCUAGUGUAUCAACCAAUGCAAUCGUUCGCGAAAAUGAUCUCUGAUGCCACUCUUCACACAUUUUGUAAUGGGCUACAGAGGGCAUUUGCAAAUAAAAAAUUACUGCUGCUUAUUGAAGGCAUGGACAAUUAUAUGAAGAAAAGUACCAAGAAGCGCAAUCGUGAAUUUGCGGAUGCAGUCAGGAAUGCUAUCGGAGCAGAUGAAAAUACGACUAGUAGAAGAAGGAAGCGUAGUGUUGAUGAGCGAAUAGACGAGGCACUUAUCCAGGAAGAGUUGAUUUGGCUACAAUUGGUUGCAAGAUGUCUUGUUAUCCACACUAAAAAUGAAAACGAGACGGCUGAAAUGGUUGGAAUACUAACUACCGAUAUUGCUACAAUUCCAUACAAGAAUAAGAAUCUUGAUCUCAAUGUCUGUAUCGAAGGUCAAGUUCGUGCUGGCGUUGAUAGUCGUGAUGCUUGGAUGCGCAUGCUCCAGGAAAUUCAACUUGUCACUCACCCAGUCGCAAGUUCCAUUGUAGAGAGAUACCCCACUGUUAGUUGUCUCUACGAUGCAUAUCGUCAAUGCAGUACACACGAACAGAGGGAAUUAUUGUUGGCCGAUAUCGAAGUUCCUACGGCUGGACUGAGUCGUCGCUUUCGUACAGUUGGACCAGCAUUGUCAAAGCGGAUACAUCAGAUAUUUACAGAAGAUGAUUCAGAUAUAUUGAUCUCGUAA